AUGGCCGAAGAAGACUACUCCCCGCUGUACCAGCUGAGACGUGACUCGUCUCUUCUGGGCACAAUGAACAAGAUUUUGGUUGCCAACAGAGGCGAAAUUCCAAUUCGUAUCUUUAGAACAGCCCAUGAGCUCUCAAUGAACACGGUGGCCAUCUAUUCUCACGAGGAUCGUUUGUCGAUGCACAGAUUGAAGGCUGACGAAGCUUAUGUCAUCGGUGAGCGUGGCCAAUACUCUCCAGUCCAGGCUUAUCUUGCAAUUGACGAGAUCAUCAAGAUUGCCGUGAAGCACAACGUUAACAUGAUUCACCCAGGUUACGGAUUUUUGUCUGAAAAUUCGGAGUUUGCUAGAAAAGUCGAGGAAAAUGGUAUCUUGUGGGUUGGACCGUCCGAUACCGUCAUCGACGCUGUUGGAGACAAAGUUUCGGCCAGAAACUUGGCCUACGCUGCCAAUGUUCCAACCGUCCCUGGUACCCCGGGUCCAAUUGAAGACGUUGCUCAGGCUACAGCUUUUGUUGAGGAAUACGGUUACCCAGUUAUCAUCAAGGCCGCCUUUGGGGGUGGUGGAAGAGGUAUGCGUGUGGUUCGUGAAGGAGAUGACAUAGAAGAUGCUUUCCUUAGAGCUUCUAGUGAGGCUAAGACUGCGUUCGGUAACGGUACUGUUUUCAUUGAACGUUUCUUGGACAAACCGAAGCACAUUGAGGUCCAAUUGUUGGCUGAUAACUACGGUAAUGUUAUUCAUUUGUUUGAGAGAGAUUGUUCUGUUCAAAGAAGACACCAAAAGGUUGUCGAAAUUGCCCCUGCAAAGACACUCCCAGUUGAGGUCCGCAAUGCAAUCUUGAAUGACGCUGUCAAAUUAGCCAAGACUGCCAAUUAUAGAAACGCUGGUACCGCUGAGUUUUUGGUGGACAGCCAGUACAGACACUACUUUAUUGAGAUUAACCCUCGUAUUCAAGUUGAGCACACCAUUACUGAGGAGAUCACUGGUGUGGAUAUAGUAGCUGCCCAAAUUCAAAUUGCUGCUGGUGCUUCGUUAGAACAACUAGGCUUAUUGCAAGAAAAAAUCACCACACGUGGGUUUGCUAUUCAAUGUCGUAUCACCACUGAAGAUCCUACGAAGAAUUUCCAACCAGACACGGGAAAGAUCGAAGUUUAUAGAUCUUCUGGUGGUAACGGUGUCAGACUUGACGGUGGUAACGGGUUUGCUGGUGCCGUCAUCUCUCCCCAUUAUGAUUCGAUGUUGGUCAAGUGUUCCACUUCUGGCUCUAACUACGAGAUUGCUCGUCGUAAGAUGAUCAGAGCUUUAGUUGAAUUCAGAAUUAGAGGUGUUAAGACCAACAUUCCUUUCUUGUUGGCUUUACUGACUCACCCUGUUUUCAUGACCUCCGAAUGUUGGACUACAUUUAUUGAUGAUACCCCAGAAUUGUUCAAAAUGUUGACUUCUCAGAACAGAGCUCAGAAGCUGCUGGCUUACUUAGGUGAUCUGGCUGUUAAUGGUUCCUCAAUCAAGGGACAAUUGGGUCUGCCAAAACUACAUAAGGAAGCUGAUAUCCCCGCAAUCACUGACAUAAAUGGAGAUGUCAUUGAUGUUUCUAUUCCUCCUCCUGAUGGAUGGAGACAGUUUUUGUUGGAGAAAGGUCCUGAACAAUUUGCUCAACAAGUACGUGCCUUCCCUGGUUGUAUGAUUAUGGACACUACCUGGAGAGAUGCUCACCAGUCUUUGCUCGCAACUCGUGUUAGAACUAUUGACUUACUAAAUAUUGCUCCAGCUACUUCUUACGCCCUGCAUCACGCUUUUGCACUGGAAUGUUGGGGAGGUGCCACUUUUGAUGUUUCCAUGCGUUUCUUGCACGAGGACCCAUGGCAAAGAUUGCGCAAACUCCGUAAAGCUGUACCAAACAUCCCAUUCUCCAUGUUAUUGAGAGGUGCUAACGGUGUUGCCUACUCUUCUCUCCCAGAUAACGCUAUUGAUCACUUUGUUAAGCAGGCCAAAGACACUGGUGUUGAUGUCUUCCGUGUAUUUGAUGCUCUUAACGAUAUCGAGCAAUUGAAGGUCGGAGUUGACGCUGUCAAGAAAGCUGGAGGUGUUGUUGAAGCCACCAUGUGUUACUCCGGAGACAUGUUGAAACCAGGUAAAAAGUAUAACUUGGAAUACUACAUCAACCUGGCCACUGAGAUUGUUGAGAUGGGUACCCACAUAUUAGCUGUAAAAGACAUGGCUGGUACGUUGAAACCUACUGCUGCCAAACAGUUAAUCUCUGCUUUGAGGAGAAAGUUCCCCUCGUUGCCAAUCCACGUUCAUACCCAUGACUCUGCCGGUACUGGUGUUGCCUCCAUGGUGGCCUGUGCUAGAGCUGGUGCUGAUGUUGUGGACUGUGCUGUUAACUCCAUGUCUGGUAUGACUUCUCAACCUUCAAUGUCUGCUUUCAUUGCGUCUUUAGAUGGAGAAAUUGAGACUGGUAUCCCUGAAGCUAAUGCUAGAGAGAUUGAUGCUUACUGGGCCGAGAUGAGACUUUUGUACUCAUGUUUCGAGGCUGAUCUUAAGGGUCCUGACCCUGAAGUCUACCAGCAUGAAAUCCCAGGUGGUCAAUUGACUAACUUACUCUUCCAAGCUCAGCAAGUUGGUCUGGGAGAAAAAUGGGUUGAAACUAAGAAGGCAUAUGAGGCAGCUAACAGGUUACUCGGUGACAUUGUAAAGGUUACGCCAACCUCUAAGGUCGUUGGUGACUUGGCUCAAUUCAUGGUAUCUAAUAAAUUGUCAUCCGAAGAUGUCGAAAGAUUGGCAUCUGAGUUAGAUUUCCCAGAUUCUGUUCUUGACUUUUUUGAAGGCUUAAUGGGUACUCCAUAUGGAGGUUUCCCUGAACCAUUGAGAACAAAUGUCAUCUCAGGUAAAAGAAGAAAGCUAACUAGCAGACCUGGUUUGACUUUGGAGCCAUACAACAUUCCUGCCAUUAGAGAGGAUCUUGAGGCUCGUUUCAGUAAGGUUACUGAGAAUGACGUUGCCUCUUACAACAUGUACCCAAAGGUUUACGAAGCCUACAAGAAGCAACAAGAAUUAUAUGGUGAUCUGUCUGUGCUUCCAACCAGACAUUUCUUAUCUCCUCCUAAAAUUGAUGAAGAGAUACAUGUUACCAUUGAGCAAGGAAAAACUCUAAUCAUUAAGUGUAUGGCUGUUGGUGAGCUAUCUCAAUCAUCUGGUACCAGAGAAGUCUACUUUGAGUUGAACGGUGAGAUGAGAAAGGUCACAGUUGAGGACAAGAAUGCCGCUGUUGAAACUAUCACUAGACCUAAGGCUGAUGCUCACAACCCUAACGAGAUUGGUGCUCCAAUGGCUGGUGUCGUUGUCGAGGUUAGAGUGCACGAAAAUGGCGAAGUCAAGAAGGGUGAUCCAAUUGCAGUUCUAUCUGCUAUGAAGAUGGAGAUGGUUAUCUCCUCCCCUGUUGCUGGUCGUAUUGGACAGAUCGCAGUCAAGGAGAACGACUCUGUUGAUGCAAGCGACCUGAUCGCCAAAAUCGUCAAGGCUGAGUAA